UAAUUAAAAUUUAACAGUUCUAAGAUCAAACCAGAAACGGCGUCGUUGACCAUAUCGGGAAAUCAUAUUUACGGAAAGAAAACCAUAGACACUCUGCAAAGUCGAACCACUGGCAAGCUUGAAGAUCUCUUGGCCGCGACGACGACGACGGCGACGACAACGUAGACGAAGAUCCCUCUCCGCCCACGUAUCCUUCAUCCAUGACUCUCAAUCUCCGCCAGAAACAAACAGAAUGCAUCACAAGAAUGCUGAACCUGAACCAGCCGGUGAACGCUGCCGGAACGGCGAACGAAGAGGUGUACAAGAUCCUGAUUUUCGACAAGUUCUGCCAGAACCUCCUCUCUCCGCUCAUCCACGUCAAGGAUCUCCGCAAGCACGGGGUCACUCUCUAUUUCCUCAUCGACAAGGACCGCAAGCCCGUACACGACGUCCCCGCUGUCUACUUCGUCCGGCCAAGCCCUCAAAAUGUCCAGCGCAUAAUUGCCGACGCCUCCAAAUCCCUCUACGACAGCUUCCACCUCAACUUCUCGUCCUCGAUUCCUCGCUCGCUCCUCGAAGAUCUCGCCUCCGGAACCUUAGGUUCGGACUCCGUGCAUCGAAUUUCCAAGGUACAUGAUCAGUACUUGGAGUUUGUGACCCUAGAGGAUAACUUGUUUUCACUUGCUCAGAAUAAUAUUUAUGUUCAAUUGAAUGAUCCUUCGGCGGGUGAUCGCGAAAUUGAGGAGAUCAUCGAGAGGAUUGUAAGCGGAUUGUUUUGUGUUCUGGCCACGCUCGCCGUGGUUCCGGUGAUUAGGUGUCCCCGGGGAGGGCCGGCGGAGAUGGUCGCGGCGGCUUUGGAUCAGCGGUUGCGCGACCAUCUUUUGACGAAGAAUAAUUUGUUUUCGGAGGGUGGGGGUUUCGCGAGCUCGUUUCAGCGCCCAAUAUUGUGUCUGUUUGAUCGGAAUUUUGAGCUUGCGGUGGGUAUACAACACGAUUUUAGGUACCGGCCGCUUGUGCAUGAUGUUCUCGGGUUGAAGCUCAAUAGAUUGAGUGUGCAGGGAGAGAAGGGCGGGAUGAGAUCAUACGAGUUGGAUGGUUCAGAUCCUUUUUGGGUUGCCAACGGGGGUUUGGAGUUUCCAGAGGUUGCUGUGGAGAUAGAGACCCAGUUGAAUAAGUACAAGAAGGACGUUGAAGAGGUGAAUAGGCGGACUGGCGGGAAUGAGGGGGCUGAGUUUGGUGGUGAGGAUUUGAUCGGGAAUACAAAGCAUUUGAUGAAUGCAGUGAACUCGCUUCCAGAGCUGACUGAGCGGAAACAGGUGAUUGAUAAGCACACAAACAUUGCCACUGUACUGUUGGGUGAGAUCAAGGAGAGAUCUCUUGAUUCUUAUGCUAAGAAGGAGAUGGACAUGAUGAUUAGAGGAAACAUUGAUAGGCAUGAGCUGCUUAGUGUGCUCAGAGGGAAGGGGACGAAACUGGAUAAGCUAAGGUUUGCAAUCAUUUAUCUAAUUUCUUCAGAAAGCAUUCAACAGUCAGAAGUAGAGAUGGUGGAAGCAGCACUUAGAGAGUGUGAGGUUGAUUCUAGUGCGUUUCAGUAUGUGAAAAAGAUCAAAUCGUUAAAUGUGUCAUUGGCAUCAGCAAACUCUGCUAGCAGAAGUAACAUUGUUGAUUGGGCUGAGAAACUUUAUGGUCAGUCAAUUAGUGCUGUGACCGCAGGGAUGAAAAACUUGUUAUCUAGUGAUCAUCAACUUGCAAUGACAAGGACUGUAGAAGCCUUGAUGGAAGGUAAGCCAAAUCCUGAGAUCGACUCCUAUGUCAUGUUUGAUCCUCGUGCUCCCAAGUUUAACUCUGGAAUUGGUGGCAGCCAUCUAAAAGGGCCUUUUAAAGAAGCUAUUGUGUUCAUGAUUGGUGGUGGUAAUUAUGUGGAAUAUGGGAGCUUGCAGGAGCUUGCGCUCCGUCAGCAGCCGGUCAAGCAUAUAGUGUAUGGAACAACAGAAGUUCUCACAGGAGCAGAGUUUAUUGAGCAGCUUACACUGUUGGGCCAGAAGAUGGGACUGGGCGGCAGUGUAGCGCCCCAAACCCAGUGAGGAUGCAUGCUUGAUGUGCUUCUUGAAGCAAGCAAUCUGGUGGUGUAUGUAUGAGUGAAGAUGUACAAUGGGAAGCUAAAAAUAGUUAAGGACCCUUUUAAGCAACUGCAUCAUAUAUCCUAUCCGGUGUUCCUGAAAGUUGAGCAGGGUUUUCUUUUUUCUAUGCUAAUUUUUCUUCAUUUUGGGGUCGGUAUUCUGAUUUUCUAGUGAGAUGCAAAUUGACCCUCCUAAUGGUUAUAGAAGAAAUGAAGAAUGGUUUUAUUAUAGGUUUCGUUAUUUUUUUUACUGUUAUUAACAGAAAAAAAAAAAAAAAAAAUCUCCUUCUCGUGUAUUUGGAGCUUUAACUUUUGAUGUUCAAAUUUUGAUGCUGUCUGCAUAUUGGCAUUUGAAUUAGUCACUGGAGGGAUGUCAAUUAACACUACUUAUGAUAGCUAUUCCUGUACCUGCAGCAAUUGUUGCCCUGAAAUAUUCUGUUCUUGCUUGGA